AUGAUGUCAAUGCCAAAUUCUUAUAUAUCAAAUUAUAUUAAAAAAUCAAAUUCUAUUUGGAAGAUUAUUGAUAAAGCUAUAUUUGACAAAGAUUUUUAUGAUGAAAUGAAUAAAUGUAGUGUAACAAAAUAUAUUCAACCAUUUAAUAUUAUUUUUAAAUUAACUGUAUAUAAAUCAAUUAAUGGUAAUGUAAUUGAAUGGAAAUUAUUUUCUUGUUAUGGGGAAAAAUUUCCUUCUACUGAUACAUUAACACCAUGGAUAUUUAGUAACAGAAAAAAUACAGACUUUGAGGUACAAACAAAUAUUAUUAUUGAAAAUACAGCUGACUUAAGUAUGGAAAAAGAUUCAGUAAAAUUUAUUCUUGCACAAAAAAGUGGUAUAUCAAUAAAAAAUUUAUUUAAAAGAUUUCGUUUUGCCUCAAAAUUAAUUAUUUAUAAUCAAAAAAAAGAUAAAGAAAUAGUAGAUGAUUUUAUAUUACUUAUCAUUGAAAAAAUAAAAACUAAAAAUUUAAAAUAUUUAGGUCCUAUUUCUUUAUAUAUAAUAUUAUCUUUCAUAUCUAAAUAUGAUAUCUCUGAACAUGACAUUUUUAAAGGUAAACCAAAUCUUAAAGAAUUUACUAUUUAUGUUGAGUAUUCUAAAAUAUUUAACAACAACUUAUUAAUUGAUAGUAAAUUUUGGAGAUUUAUUGAUAAUAUUACUCAAAAUAAUAUACAAUUAAAAUUAACAUUUGAUCAAAAUGAAAAAUCUAUUUUUCUAACUGUCACAAUAUUAAAUUAUUGUAAAAGAAGAAAUAUCAAUGUUUUUAUUGAUGUAGAAAAAGAUAAAUUAUUAUUUUUUUCUUAUAUUAAAAAAGAUAUUAUACAAAAAAAUUAUGAAAUUAUUAAAAAUCUAUCUUCUAUAACAUUAGUUAUAAAUCAAUUUGAAGAUCUUGAAAACAUUAAAUAUAUUUUUACUGAAAUGAGCAAUCUUAAAGAAGUUAUAAUAAUUUUUAAUAGAACUAUUUAUCCAAAACUUACUAAAACAGACAAAAAAUUAGAAUUUUUAUCAAAAUUUUAUCAUAAAACAUUUGACUUCAAAACACAAAUAAAAAAAUUAAAAUCUUUUAUACUAAACUAUCAUGAUAAUUAUUUUCCAGUUUUUUUUGAAACAUUUAAUUUACAAGAAAAAUUAUAUGAUACAUUUAUAAUUUCAAUUUUAUCAAUUUUACCAAAUUCAUUAAAUGAAAUACAAUUUAUAAGUAUGCCAUAUUUGAAGGAAGAAUACUUUAAUUGUCUUUAUAAAAAUUCUCCAAAUAUUAGUAGAUGUAUCUUCAAACAUUGUCAUUAUAUACCAGAUGAUGCACUUUUAUUAUUUAAAAAUUUAAGAAGUAUUUUAUUAAUUGAUAAUAUUGGAAUAACUAUACCAUCAUGGAUUGAAAUUGUAAUAUAUAAAGAUUUUAAUGCAUUCAUGUGUGAAAAUAAUUUUUUUCCAUGUUUUAAAAAAAAUAAGUCACGUUUAUUUAAAUUUAUGAAAAAUUCAACAUUUCAAAAUACUUUUUGGAUAUAUGAUAACCACAUACCUGAUACUGUUAUAUUUAUGAAAGAUUUAAUGAAAUGGACUGAUGCUAUAGAAUUACUAUAUUUGUAA